AUGCUACGGAAAAAGACCGGCGACGAUAGCACUCUCCUGAUUAAUGAUGAACGAAAGAAUAGUAACGGGGGUUACUAUGGAAGUGCUAAUGCAAACUCCUUUGAGUGCUCAGAGCUGAACAAACACAGGAAAGAAGUCAGUGACGCAGGCAGUAGAGUGGACUCCUUCAGUAGAGGAAACGCCAAGCAAGAACGUGCUCCAGACUAUGUCCUCGUAUGGGAAGAUGGUCCAGACCAAGACAGACAGAAGGAUAAAGUUGGAAGUGAGAGAGAAAAACGCCAAGAGCGGAUCUCUAAACACCAAGCCUGGAGAGAAACGUUUUUGGACAACCUGCGAACUACCGGACUUCACGUAAAACAGGUUGAAAAGGGGGGAAUCCACUAUAUCCUCCUCAAGGCCUCCUGGAAGGUACUCUGUUACUAUGCUGAGGAUCUCAAACUGAAGCUUCCCCUGCAGGCCUUGCCACCUAAUCAGGCCUCUAACUGGUCUUCCAAAAUGAUGAAAAAACUGGGAAUUCCUGACGUACUGCAGCAAGAUGUCCCUGACCUACCCCAAGAGUACUAUACCUGCCAGUUCAAGGUGAACAAGCUACACAGGUUCCUGGGGAGUGAUGACCACGAAACGUUUUUCAGCGACACCAAACGCCACCAAAUUCUGUAUGAGAUCCUGGCAAAGACACGGUACGGUCACGAGAACAGAGGCCUGUUUGGAAUCGAUCAGCUGCUGAACGAAGAAGUCUUCAGCGCGGCCUUCCCCCUGCAUGAUGGUCCUUUCAGGGGUCCAAACAAGGACUCCCUCCCCACCAAGAUGAAUCAGCGCCAGGUCCUAUACCAAUAUUGGGCCAAGUGGAAAAACUGGAACAAGUACCAGCCUCUGGAUCACGUGCGAAGGUACUUCGGAGAGAAGAUAGCCCUCUACUUUGCCUGGCUUGGGUUUUACACAGGAUGGCUCCUGCCGGCAGCAGUUGUGGGGACUCUGGUCUUCCUGGUGGGCUGUGUCAUGAUAUUCCUCGAUACUCCGACGAAAGAAAUCUGUAACAGCGAGGACCAGUACAGGAUGUGCCCGCUUUGCAGUGAUUGUCCCUACUGGAACCUGUCCAGCAUCUGCACUGUUUUUAAGGCAGGCCGCCUCUUUGACCACGGUGGGACGGUCUUCUUCAGCAUCUUCAUGUCUCUCUGGGCCGUGACCUUCCUGGAAUAUUGGAAACGAACGAACGCGACGCUGGCCCACCGCUGGGACUGCUCCGAUUACGAGGACAUCCAGGAGAGACCCCGGCCCCAGUUUGCCGCCAAGGCCCCAAUGACAGUUCAGAACCCAGUCACGGGAGUAGAAGAACCCUACUUCCCCAAACGGAAUCGCUUCAGCCGCAUCGUCACGGGAUCGAUGGUCAUCAUUAUGAUGAUUGCAGUUGUGGUGAUGUUCCUAAUAGCCAUCAUCCUGUACCGGGCAAUCAUUGGGAUCUUGGUGUCCAAAUCCCAUAACUUUCUGCUAGUAGCAUUGGCAUCUCGUAUUGCCAGCUUCACGAGCUCCGUGGUUAAUCUCAUCUUCAUCCUCAUCCUUUCCAAACUGUACAUCACUCUGGCACGGAUUUUGACCAGAUGGGAAAUGCACCGCACCCAGAGCAGGAAUGAAGAUGCUUAUACCUUGAAAGUGUUUGUCUUCCAGUUUGUCACCUUCUACUCCUCUCCAGCCUAUAUUGCGUUUUUCAAGGGGAGAUUUGUAGGUUACCCGGGACAUUAUCUGACCUUAUUUGGAAUUCGCAAUGAGGAAUGUGCGGCCGGAGGCUGCCUCAUUGAGCUGGCCCAGGAGCUGCUGGUCAUCAUGGUGGGGAAACAGAUCAUCAACAACGUUCAGGAAAUCGCCUUCCCGAAGCUGAAAGUCUGGUGGCAGAGGUAUAGGCUUAAUUCAAAGAAGAAAAAGGAAGAGGAAUCAUCAGGCGUGGUUCUGCGGGACCAGUGGGAAGAAGACUAUGAGCUCCUGGAAAACGAGGGGCUAUUUAACGAAUACCUGGAAAUGGUUCUGCAGUUUGGAUUCAUCACCAUUUUUGUGGCAGCCUGCCCCCUUGCCCCUCUCUUCGCUUUACUCAACAACUGGGUGGAGAUCCGCCUCGAUGCCCAGAAAUUUGUCCGUGAGUAUCGGCGCCCCAUGGCAGAGAGGGCUCAGGACAUUGGCAUCUGGCUUUUUAUCCUUGAGGGCAUCACUCAUUUGGCCGUUAUUAGUAAUGCUUUCCUGAUUGCCUUCACUUCUGAUUUCCUGCCCAGAACCUACUACCAAUAUACUCACUCAAGUGACCUCCAGGGUUACGUUAACUUUACCCUGGCUCAUGCACCCAAGAUCUUUGUUUCAGAACACAAUCUUACGUGCAGAUAUCAGGCUUUUAGAGAAGAGAAUGGGCACUACUCUCUCACAUACUGGAACCUCCUAGCAAUCCGCCUGGCAUUCGUCAUUGUGUUUGAGCAUGUUGUUUUCCUUAUUGCCUGGAUGAUAGAUCUCUUGGUGCCAGAUAUUCCUGAAUCGGUGGAGAUAAAGGUGAAACGUGAAUACUAUAUGGCCAAGCAAGCCCUGGCUGACAAUGAGGCUCUCUUUGGUACCAAUGAGGCAAGAGAUCAGAGGACUCAAGAUUUGGAAAGUGAACUGGAUUAG